AUCGUUCCCCGCUGCAAAUCCCCUGCACCGGUCAAGAUGGCGGACAGACCAGUUCCAGUGGUUGAGAAGCGCCUGAUGGAUGUGAAACUGGGAGAGCUGGGAAGCUGGCUCGGAGGUCGAGACUUCACCCCGAACGGUUUCCUCGCAGCGAUCCGCCGAGGCCACGGCAGAUACUACAACAAAUACAUCAAUGUAAAGAAAGGAGGCAUCGGCGGUAUUGCCAUGCUGCUGGCUGGAUAUGUUGCCAUCAGCUACCUGUGGGAAUACGACCACAUCAAGCACGAUCGCUGGAGGAAAUACCAUUGAGCCUCUCCAGCAGCCAUCAGAGGUUGAACCUGGACCUCCUGGCUCGCCUUGCUCUUUAUACCCUCAGCUACAUUGUGUUAAUAUGAGACUGUUGUGACCAAUAAAAAGUAUAAAUGUG